UCGGUGGCCUUAUCAUCGCCCGCUUGCGCUCCCGCUGGGUGGAUGUUAUGGCUCUUUCGCUUCUCCCGCACGCUAACGUCGCCGCCCGAGUGGCCACUCGAAACCACCCGCCGCCAGCCUCUACUCCUACCCUUCUCCGUCGUCGGAACCCUAAUCCUCUGCAGCGCCAUUCCUCUUCCUCCUCCUCCGACGCGGCCGCAACCUCCACUGCCCUCCAAUGCCCACACUUCCAGUCAUGCUCCGGUUGCACCCACGAGUGGAAUCUUGAUCGGCCGCCCGUGAUCGAAGAAGCUAUCGAGUUCUUCAAGAGCCUCGGCGUCUCAGAUUUUACGUUCGAGAGUGGAAGACUGUGGGAAUGGAGAUGUCGGGCAAAACUUGUGGUUCGUGGAACACCAGAGAACCCCUUGAUUGGAUUGUAUCAGGAAGGCACACAUGACAUUGUGGAUAUUCCAAUGUGUAGAGCACAUCAUCCAAAUAUUAAUGCUGCAGUUGACCUCUUAAAACAAGGCAUUUCUAAGUUGAAAGUGGAAUUAUAUGAUGAAGAGUUAGGUACCGGUGAUCUGCGAUAUGUACAGAUGGCUGUAACAACAUAUAAUACGUCUCUGCCAGUUUCAGACAGAUAUCAAAAUGGAAAAGUACAGAUUUCACUUGUUUGGAACUCAAGAAAUGAACACUCGGAGAAUCAUGAAAAGUUGAAUGCUUUGUCUAAUUUUUUGUGGAGAAAUGGUGGAGCAAGAUGUAGCAACCAUUUAAUUCACUCAAUAUGGGCUAACUUUCAGACAUCAAACAGCAAUGUGAUCUUUGGAAACAGGUGGAGACAUCUGUUGGGACAAAGAGAAUUCUGGGAGCAUAUUGGAGGAAUUGAUAUAUGUUUGGAUCCAUCAAGCUUUGGCCAAGCAAAUACACAGGCUUUUAAUUCCUUGCUAAGGAAGUUGCAGAAGCAUGUUUCUUACGGAUCAUCUGUUGUUGAUUUGUAUGCGGGGUCUGGUAUCAUUGGAUUAUCUCUAGCAGCUACUAGGAAAUGCAGGUCUGUGAAAUGUGUUGAGAUCAACAAAGAGUCGGAACUUUCUUUUGAGAAGUCAGUCAGCCGGUUACCGAAAACCAUAGACAGCACUAUUAGUUGGCAUAACACAGACGCAUCUCUUGAACCUCUUCGCUGGCUUGAGGGUUCAGACGUCGUGAUUGUGGAUCCUCCUAGGAAAGGGUUGCAUCCAUCCCUAAUUGAUGCAUUAAGGCAUUUUGCGUUGUCUGAACGCAAGAUUCGCCAAGCACCUGACGGUUCGAUCGUAAAGAUGAAGGAUGAAAAAAGGCCAUGGAUUCUGCGUGCAAGGGAAGCUUCUGUUCACGUGGAAGGCAAAACAACUUGGGAUAAAAGCCAAAAGUGGCCUACCACUCUUAUCUACAUAAGUUGUGGAUGGGAAAGUUUUAAGGAGGAUAGCAGGAACUUGCUGUCAUCCAAGGCAUGGUAUAUGGAAAAAGCUCAUGCUUUCAACUUCUUCCCCGGUACUCAGAGCAUUGAAGUUCUAGCUGUGUUCAAACGUGGUGGUCCGCGGAUAGCACAGGCGAAAAAGAAAGCAGGGAAGAAAAAAACACCAAGGUGAAGCCACAGUGGAAAAUUAAAAGGCUGCAAGAAGAAAGUUUCUCGAUUUCAAAAGGUAACUGACUAGGGAAUCCAAGGUGCGCGACGAAAAUUUGGGCCGGAGAUGAUCAAGCAUCAGAACUGAUCAAACAGGUCAAGAGGAGAUGAAAUCACACAAGCAGUGCGGGGAGCUUGAGAGCAAUCUAGCCAAUUUAGCUGCAGAUGUUUGCGAACAUUAGACUUACUGCUUUCUAACAAUUUGUGGGGGACAUUCUGGCACAAGGAAGGUGACAUGUUCCAAUAAGUAGAAUGCAAAGCAAACAUGUGAAGUGUUUGACUUAUUUCGGUCUCAUAAUGAGAUCAUUUUGAUCUAUGUUGUAUCUGAUGAAUAGACGGCCAGACAAUGCAAUGAUUGCCAUGCACAAUUAUUUUUUUUGAAGUAAUCAAACAUGAUUAAUUUUUUGUCA